GUACACUACACGCGCUCGGCACUAGUUUUUUAAAGUAAUCGGGAGACGGCGGCGUGCAGUUUCCUUCACAACACUAACCAGCAGAAGUACUCUUUCCUCGUCGACACUAACUAACUUUUAACCCCACACCAUGGCUGAGAUGGUAGACAUGGAGGAGGUGAAGGGCUCCAACGGGGAGCCGGUGGGGAACGGACUGAGGCAGCAGAAGAGCGGGACGGAGCCGCUGUCCCGGCGGGUGAAGAGGCUGCUCAUGGCCAACCUGCUGGUCAUCCUCACCGUGGCCGGGGUCAUCGUCGGGGUCUUCAUCGGACUCGGCGUGCGCAACGUGGCGCUGACCAAAACCCAGAUCAUCUACAUCGGGUUCCCGGGGGAGCUGCUGAUCCGCCUGCUGAAGAUGAUCAUCAUCCCGCUGGUGGUGUGCAGUCUGGUGUCGGGGGCAGCCAGCAUCGACCCCGCAGCCCUGGGCCGGCUGGGCGGCUGGGCCAUGCUCUUCUUCCUGGUCACCACCCUCAUCGCCUCCUCCAUAGGGGUCGUGAUGGCCUUCAUCAUCUCGCCCGGGUCGGUGUCCGUCAGCAAGCCGGCGGGCCUGGAUGAUGUCGUGCCGCCUCACAAAGAAAUUAUAGACUCUUUCUUGGACUUGAUAAGAAACAUUUUCCCGUCCAACCUUGUAUCUGCUGCCUUUCAGUCGUAUGCCACCUCUUACAAGGAAAUAAAGAAUGCCACAGGUGGCAACAUGAACAUCUCAGGGGAGAAGGUGCCUGUUGGAAUGAACCAGGACGGCAUGAACAUUCUCGGGCUGGUCGUGUUUGCCAUCGUGUUUGGCAUUGCUCUCAGGAAGUUGGGUGAGGAAGGAGAGAUUCUCAUCAAGUUCUUCAACUCCUUCAACGAAGCCACCAUGGUGCUGGUCUCCUGGAUUAUGUGGUACGCUCCUCUUGGUAUCAUGUUCCUCGUCGCUGGAAAGAUUGUGGAAAUGGAGGACGUCGGCUCGCUGUUUGCCAGUCUGGGGAAAUAUAUAGCCUGCUGCAUGGUUGGACAUGCUAUUCAUGGCUUUCUUGUGCUGCCAGGCAUCUACUUCAUAUUUACAAGGAAGAACCCCUACACUUUCCUCUGGGGAAUUUUUACUGCUCUGGCUACAGCAUUCGGAACCAGCUCCAGCUCAGCCACACUGCCCCUCAUGAUGAAGUGUGUGGAGGAAAAUAACGGAGUAUCCAAGCACAUCAGCCGUUUCAUCCUGCCCAUCGGGGCGACAGUUAACAUGGACGGAGCUGCUCUUUUCCAGUGUGUGGCUGCAGUUUUCAUUGCUCAGCUGAACAACACGUCCCUUAACUUCAUCCAGGUCAUCACCAUCCUCGUGACGGCCACGGCAUCCAGUGUUGGAGCAGCAGGUAUUCCUGCAGGAGGUGUUUUGACCCUGGCUAUUAUCCUGGAAGCAAUAGGACUUCCCACCAGUGACAUCUCUCUUAUCUUAGCCGUUGACUGGAUUGUUGACCGUACCUGCACAGUACUGAAUGUGGAGGGCGACGCCUUCGGAGCCGGCCUCCUGCAGCAUUAUGUGGACAAACACCAGGGAGGAGUAGAGUUGAGCGAAGUCAAACUGGAAGGAGACGUCUCGGCUGCUGGCCCCGAGAACUCGCCUCUCAUUGAGAAACGAAGUGGUGGUGCAGAAGGUGUCAAGAUGCCACUUUCCAGCGACAAAGACUCCGUUAUGUAAUCCCCCCCCACUGACGUUAUCAAGAACUAUCCCCAAAACAGAGGAUUUUGACACUCCUGCAAGCAGAAUGCUCAAGUUCAGGCCCCUUUUUCCAUUUGAUCUGCCUGAAGAAAAGAUUGCGAAGAGAGAGGAUGGACAUGCACACUACGAUGCGAAGAUACACUUCCUGACCUCAACACUUUUCGGUAUCUGGGAGGACAACUCGAGUCAAAUGUUACUCAAACUAUAUUAUAUAAGCAUGGGGUUUGUUUCCCUUUGUGACGUUAGUACAUCAGACUGGCUUGGGUUUACACAAGUCCAAUGAGUCAUUUGACUGAUUCUGUCCAACUUUGAAGUCAGAUUGUUCUCAGACGAGCAUGUUUUGUGUUUUUUGUAUCAGCUGUUCUGUAGUCCCUAUAUAUGGUUUUUCAUACGAACAGUUUAUACGUCCACAUAAGCGAGACCAGGGCGAAAUCUACACCAGUGACCCUCUAGAUAUUGCAGGUGAUUUAAAUUAAAAAAAAAAAAGAAGCUUUUUAUUAUGGUAGAGA